AUGGCGGAACAAAAGAAGUGGGAAGGUACAGUUUCAACAAUCCUAGAAAAUGUAAACGCAGACCAAAUAUGGCCUUUUUGGAAAGACUUUUUUAGCGUCCACAAAUGGUUUCCCGGCAACACCACUUGCGAGGGCAUCCACGGCAACAACGGCGAGGCCGGGUGCAUCCGCUACUGCGGCGAUUUACCUGUGCCGGCCGUAGACGGUGCGGCCUCGAGCUGGACUAAAGAGAGGUUGAUAGCCAUUGAUCAUAAUGAAAAGAGUUUUAGCUAUGAGAUAUUAGAUUGUAAUAUUGGUGUCAAGUCGUAUGUUGCAAAUGUGAAGAUUUAUCCCGUGGUGGCCGGAGAGAAUGGUGGCGGAUGUCGGACAGAGUGGCGGUUUACUGUGGAUCCGGUGGAAGGCUGGAGUUUGGAAGAUACGGUGAGAAAUUACGAAGUAUGGUUGAAGAUUAUGGUUAAGAAUAUGGAGGCAGCCGUACCCAAAUAA